CCGAUAGCAGACAGAUCUUAUUUGUGUACGAACCUAUAUAACUGGUUAGCGCAUGUCCCGGAGCAGACGACCCUAAUCUGACGAAACAUCAUCGGCCAUCACCGACGACUUAGCUUAUCGGACCACCAUUAGCAGACGAUGUACAGCAGCUCUGCUGGCACGAGUUGCAACAACACAGCGUUAGGGGGUGAGUGUAGCAACAGCACUGGAUCGCUCCGGCCAUUCUCGGUCGAGAAUCGGCGAGUCUCUCCGGGUACAGGCAGCGCUGUACCAGUCGCGCUCAGUCUCCCCGCCUGGCCGCUUUAGUUGUGCUAGCAACUUGUCCGCCUCGCUCCUGGCUGGCCGUCUGUGGCUCACAGUGGUCGGUGCUGCUGCUGCUGCUGCUGCUGCCGAUCUGCUGUUGCUAGCACGGUACUCGGUCGUUUCUUGUGUGGCUGUGCUUGACUCCUGUUGGCUGGAAGAAGCAGAGAACUAAUAGCAGCAGCAGCAGCCGCCGCCGCAGCAGCUGUUGUAACAGCAGCAGCAGCAGUUAUCGUCACAGCAGAAUUAGCUGUGGCCGCAGAAGCGGUAGCAGCGGGGAACUGAUGCUCUGUGUUGCAGCUGAUGGCGGUGUGCGACGGACGGUUAUUAACUCGCUCAGUCGUUCGCUUGUUCACGCAGUCACUCAACGGUACGUUUCUGCUGUUCCGCGUUCGUCCGUCUCUACUGUUGUGUUGCACCACGUCUCUUUCUGUGCCGUGCUCUUCGUUCGUCGCUGUCGUUUCUAACCGCUGCCAUCGAAAACGGCGCGUUAGCGGCGCUACCAAACUAAUUCGAUUUAGACAGCUCACGCCGCAAUAUCGCAUAGGCGGUGGCUGCAGCGGCGACAUCGGUCGUAGCAUGGUACGAAGAGAUGGUUCCUAAUGGUAUACGACUGUAGUAGACAACUAGACAGACGUAAGCAACAAAGUAAGAACGGACCGCCGGAGCUGAGAUCAAUGAUGGUCGCUAGCUUACGCGAACGAAUGAAAUCAGCAGGAGCUGAGCAGUGAUUGUCCUGCACGCAGCACAGCAGUGGCUUGGAUCCCUAGCCGUGAAUUUACCGUGAGCUCUAGUUGUGUACAGUAGACGUGUGCACACAGGUCUCUGUCAAUCUACCUCGAAGCAACCUGGCGCCAGAAAAACAUCGUAGAGAACUUCUACGGUCAGAAGCACGGAAAAAAGCACCGUGCGAUUCGUAAUAAGACUGCUGUGUGCGUUUGCCGUUAGUGCUGGGCGACGGCCAUGGCUCGGUGGAGUUGCUGUUAGCAGCUCUUGCAACGAUUACCAGUACGACAUUACGGACGAUUUAUAAGUGCGAGUCGUUGCUUCUACGCCACUCAGUGAGUGGUGAUGUCUCGAGCGACGAUGGCUCACACAGCGGCGAUCAUUACAAUGUAGGAGCAAUGCUACCCAGUUCAACUCGACCUGGCUCUUCCACACCGAGUCUAUGAGCGAGUUUGUGAAUGGCGGAACGAGGAUUUUUCACUGACUACUGACAAAUUUCUAAAACAAUAGUAGCUUGAUUGGUAGCUAGCUGAACCUGCUGCUGGCAAAUUCGACCACACCUACAGUUAGUGAUAAUCUUUAAGAUUGGCUUGAUCUGUUCUGCUACGUAAAAGGCCGAUAACGGACCAGAUCCUUGAUAGCUACGCCCGCUUGAAAAAGCACUCAAUCCUUCGUUGUAUAGCUGAGUCGGCUGCUCUGACAAGAACGGUAUUUACCCCGGAGGCACAAACGGCAACGGGAGAAUGUCACGGGGCCAUAGGAAGGGCACAGCUUGUGCUUACCCAGUCGUUUUCUAAGCCAACUCUUAAGUGACAAAUUCUACUGAUAGCGCUGCUGUCUACAAAGUGUUUGGACCACGUACGGAUACAGAGUGUAUUUGGUAAUAGGCGUGAAUGGGUGAGGGCGAAAGGGACGACAAGAAGCUAUCGGCAGUUUGGUCACGCACCAAUCUUAAGUGAUCACAAUCACAAUGUGUUCGCUUCUGUAUGAAACCUAGCUACCAUGACGUACUUGUCACGACGAGAAGUGCAUCAUAGUACCGUCAAAGUGAGAGCAACUGUCCGCUUCACUAUGUGGAAUAUCUAGACGUGAAGACGACGCUAAUUUUUUUGUUGUCAUUGGGCACUUUCUUCUAUUAUUGUAUGUGCUCGGAGUGCCACGGAACGUGUGGAGUUUGUGGCAAUGUGACGUGAAGUAGGAAGGACUGCGAGAAUCCAAUCACGUUCAAGUUCGCUGGAGUCCUUUCUACAUAGUUCAGUGUGUGCAUGAAAGCGAGUGAUUGUGUACGACGAAAAAAGUCUUCGUAGCCAGCCAGCCAGCCAGCCAGCCAGCCAGCCAGCGUCGCUUAGGACACUUGAUACCAAUCAAUAGCAGCAAUAACGUCGACAGUGGCUUUACGCUUUGCCUACUGGUACAACAACUACGAGUGAUGAUCGCCGACCAGGCGAGUUCGUUCAACCACAAAGCUAGUUGACUGUCCAGCUAGUAUAUAAUACGCUUAGUAAUAUCACUGCAGAGAUUCAGGAGUGACCUACAAACUGAGCUUGACGCAGCAGCGAACAGCGGAGGUGGUAGGUACGGACAAGCGAGCCGAAUCCGAUUGAUCUGUUCGUCGGUGUGUUCAUUCUCUGUUCAUCGGUCGAUCAAACGAGCUGCGCGAAGCACCGAUUAGGAUUGGAUCUAGAUCGGUACUCCCGUCUCCGUCUAAACUGUAGGCAUACAGCAGACAAACAAGCUGCAGUGAUUACCAUUACGUGUUUGCAUUAUCUGCUCGCUGCUGUUAUUGUUAUCGUAGUGGUGCUGUUCUAUAAAUGUUGAAAGUGGGCGCGCCGUCCUGCCACUUCUGCCAUGCUCAUGGCACGCCGCUAAUCUGCUAACCAGCCGCCCAUCUCAGGCGUCUAUCUAGCGAUCCUCCAGCUAGCAAUCUCAAUGUAGGAGCAACCGCGGCGGCGGCGGCGGCAGCGGCAGCAGCAGCAGCAGCGAUAAGAGUCGUCUGGGACAGAGAAACCUACAACGAUCAAAAGCACCAUCGGUAGCAGCCAGUCGCAGCAACUGCUGGAGGCCGACCGCACCACGACCACUCUGCAGCAGCAUCAAUAACAACAAACACAGCAGCAGCACAAGCCGGCCGUGUAUGUCGUGACGCGGAGUUCCACCGAGGAUCCAUCAACAGGCAACCAUCGCUCGUUCCGCUGUUUGGGGUUCGACAGAAUAAACACAACAACCACAUCGGCAAUGAGGACAAAUGCGGCGUCCCGGCAUCGGCAACAACGAAAACGCUGAACAAUACCAACGUGGAUACUUGUAUCGACAUGGAUAACGAUAAUACCAGUCAUAAUAAUAGUAUUAAUAAUACCUGCACGAGUACGGCAGCCGCAAACUCUAUUUCAACGGAUAGCGUUACUCAUCGAAUUGAGAUAUACUACUAGAAGCAGAAGGACGUACUGUCGACACCAGGAGUUUUUCUCAAAAGUGAAAUUGGAGGGAAAAGAAAGAACGACUCAGGACUUGUGGCUGCUUUAUUGUAUUUCACUGCUCAGCCUUAAAUACAGCGCGCAAACAUAUAUAUACAUAUAUAUAUAUACCCGCGAACGAACUCGACGUCGAGAAAGAACUGUAAGAAGCAGAAGCGAUAGCAGCUAAAAAAUGAGCCCACAAUGAACAGAUGGAUGUGGUAAUUAUCGGCAUCAACAGAAGCUCAAUGCAUUUGAACUAUUUCAAUUGCUAUUACUGCUACGGUUACUAUUAUUAACCGCCAUUGUUCUACCACCUAUGUCACCAAGAAUCAUAACACCACAGUAAUAACAAUAACAACAUAUAGUCGCCCACAACAACAAACACGCAAUGGGCGUCGUUAGGCGACGUUACCCUUUAUACAUCGAUAUUUAUACGAAUCGUUUUCACCGCCGGUAAUAAUUGCUAACAAGAAUCCUGGCUAUACGCUUAACUAUUAUUUGGAAUUCCCUGUCAGAGGCUGGAAGGUUUUUGCUAAAUCAUCUUGUUUUUGCAAGGGAGAAAACUGCGCCCGUUCUCACUAACAGAAGUCAAUCAACGCCUGUGCCAACCUCUUAAGCCGGUAUCGUGCGCCCUCGUGCUGGUGUGCGUUCAGUGGAUGAACCAGAUUUGAUAGAACCAUCUUGUAACUGUGAGUGAUCUGGUGCGUGUAGGUCGCGGUGUACUUUUAGUUGGAGGGUCAAAACAUUUUGUUACCGUCUGUUCAAUCCUAAAGGUGAAAAGUCGAUUUAAUGGUAACCAAUUAUCUGUAAGCACCGCGAUCCCAUCGUCAAGCAGUAAGCAUUUUAUCGAGCGAAUUGAUCCACAAAUAAUGAUGCGUCGUUCGCCUGACAAGGAGGCGCUAUCACCUUCGCCGCCUCCGCCAGCACCAGUCCGAAGUUCGCUGCGCACGAAUCAGGGGCACAUGACACCUGAGGGUGGCCAGCACCAACAUCAACAGCCACGCAAAAGGGUUUCCAUCCUUCGCCCGCAGAAGACCUCCCUGGGCGGAUCGGGGGCGCCGAGGCCUCCGCCCCGGCGGCUGGUCUCCUCGCAGGAGAGGAGGUCGCCCCGUGAAACGACACCAACACCUACCGAAGUCAGAAGUCCGACGUCGCCAGAAAAACGCCGUACGCCAUCUAGCUCCCGGCUGAUGGUCUCCGGCGAUGGCUCUCGUCCAGGAGCGGUAUCCCCGCGAAAAGUUCGCAUGCGCGAUGAGGGCUUGCUCGCAGCCUGUCCACGCAGCGGCCCCGGUAGCAAUAGUCACCAAAUGCAGGAUGAAAGCACUCAGGCAGACGGAUUAAACGCCACAAAUGGCAGCAGUAAUGGAAAUGACGAAACGAAUAAUCUACAUCACGGAAGCAGCAAUGGAGCUCGUAAUAACAGGCUUUUGGGUUGUGUCGGAGACGAGGAGUCAGGAGAAGUUCUGCCAGGUCUUCCAGGUUUGGCUAUGGACAUGGUUACAUUACAUACCGUGAUGGACAAGCAGGUGGUCGAUCCCAGUCAAUUGCCAGCAAUUGCUAACCUGACCGACAACGAAGAUGUCAACGUAAAGGCCCGGGCAACUUCGCCAGACGGACGCUUCCUGAAAUUCGAAGAGGAGAUCGGUCGAGGAAGCUUUAAGACGGUCUACAAGGGCCUGGACAUCUCGACAGGAGUUGCCGUUGCUUGGUGCGAGCUACAGGAAAGGCUCAGUAAGGCCGAAAGGCAGCGCUUCAAGGAGGAGGCGGAAAUGUUGAAAGGGCUACAACACCCAAACAUUGUACGGUUCUUCGAUAGUUGGGAGGAUACAACGUCAAACAAACGCAAGAUUGUCGUACUCAUCACUGAGCUCAUGACGUCGGGCACCCUUAAAACGUAUCUGCGGAGAUUUAAAAAGAUCAAUAUCAAAGUGCUCAAAAGCUGGUGUCGCCAGAUUUUGAAGGGUCUUAUGUUUCUGCACUCGAGACAGCCGCCUAUCAUACACCGAGACCUUAAAUGUGACAACAUUUUUAUCACUGGCACUACUGGAUCGGUGAAGAUCGGUGAUUUGGGGCUAGCGACCUUAAAAAACCGGAGUUUCGCCAAGUCUGUGAUUGGCACCCCCGAAUUCAUGGCUCCGGAGAUGUACGAGGAACACUACGACGAAUCCGUUGACGUAUAUGCUUUUGGGAUGUGUAUGUUAGAGAUGGCUACCUCAGAGUACCCAUAUGCCGAGUGUUCCGGCCCCGCGCAGAUCUAUAAAAAGGUCACGAGCGGAACUCGUCCCCAGUGCUUCGAUAAAGUGGAAUCUCCUGAACUGAAGGAUAUCAUAGGACAAUGUAUAAGGUUAAAUAGGGCUGAACGACCUACAAUUAAGGAAUUGUUGCAUAUGGACUUCUUCCAGGACGAUCUGGGUAUCAAGGUCGAAUUUUGUGACCGCGAAAAAACAUUGAGCUCAACAAAUUCGAAGCUUGACAUGCGUGUACGCAUCCUUGAUCCGAAGAAACGCAAGGAUAAACAUAAGGAGAAUGAAGCUAUCCAGUUUCAUUUUGACAUGGACAUCGAUACGGCUGACGAAGUUGCCAAAGCUAUGUCCACGCUCACAGGUAUUAUCGGAGAGGAAGAUGUUCGACUAGUCUCAAUGUUGAUCCGCAAUCAGGUAGCCUCGAUGGUCAGAGACAGACAACACUUUCAGGCUCGACCACCAAUUCAUUCCACUGUUUCAUCGGUCACAACAAACAAUAUGGCUGGGAUGACGACCACACCCGGUACAACGCAUGACGUCGAAAACCACGCUGCUACUCUAACAACAUUACCCAGUCAUCAUCAUCAUCAACAGCAGCAACAGCAGCAGCAGCAGCAGCAAGGCGGGCCGAUGGCUGCGCAGGCCGAAUUGGCGUCACAGUCGGCCGCACCGACGAUGACGAACGUCCAGCAACUAUUGCCCCAUCAGGACAUCCGGCUUCCGUAUCUCAUAGAGAGUUCUUUUUAUGAGGUGGAUGAAAACAAGGUUGUAGAAACGAUAUGCACACAGGGCAUUGCUGCACUUGUCGUGCACCAAAGCCCUGUCCAGGAUUGCCCCCCGGUAGUAGCUGCCCCAAUUAAUGAGGUGUCAAUGCAGUUAACUGUAGACCCCACAGCCCAUGCAAAUGGGGCAUUAUUGCCGGCCUCCCUGCUAAUGACUGUUCCACCGUUGUCCAGUGUGAAUACUGUCCCACAACCCCUGCCACAGUUGCCCGUGACUCCUACACCCGUUCAGGACACUACGGCCGUUGUUAUUCAGGCUCAAAGCGUGAUGACACCACAGAAUAUAAGUAAAAUUCAACAUCAGAACAGUAAUUUGACAGCUCAGGAACAGCUGGAGGAGGAAGCUUUUAUGGCGAUGCCAGAACUUCCCGGUGGCGUUCCAGUUCCAGUGUUGAACACACAGCAUGCGCAGCAGCAGCAGAUGGGGACAAUGGCCCGUCAACAGAAUGUCUUUUUAUCCCUUCAGCUUCAUGACGACUCAUGUAUCGAUUCGGCAAGUGAGAACUCUGACCUGCCAGAACACGACCGCCCUCGACGAAAGUCCAAACGAAAACGCAGCCCCAACAGCGGACCGGACGAAGUCGAAGAUCGGACACCUUUCCUUAAAGUAAUCUCAUUAGAAGGCAACAUUGUCGAAGUGCUUUUCGACGCUCCUAACCUCAAGCUUGUAACAUUUAAAUUCGAUUUCACCGAGUAUGAUUCGUCGAUCGAUAUUGCCAACAACCUCGUUAUCGAAAAACAUCUUGCGGUCGAACAUUUGGACUCGUUUGCGCAGCAGCUAGAUGAUAUCAUUAUACAGCUCAAAGAGAAUCCGACGAAGAUUCCCGUCACAAAAGAGCAGGAACUAGAACCGGAUGAACCAGAGACCAGCGAAUCUGAGGUCAUCGAGGGCAGUAAUCUCGCCUCACCGCAGCGUCGCCAACGUGAACGAUCCGCGUUGCCCGAGUGCUCUCAGCAAACGUCGCGACUGGCUUCGCCCGAUCGAUCCAAGGUGGAUUCCGCCGCCGUUACAGCGGACAGCACGCGCGACGUAUCCGAAAGCCACGCAACACCUAACCCAUCGGGCUGCACCCUCGACCGCAGUUCAAUCCCCACGUCUGAGCUGGCCAGUUUGGCGGCGACGCCCGCCGUGCCCGCACAACACGCUGCUGCCCCAACUGCGCCUCUGGCGCAAAUUCUCAGUGACACUGCACGCAAUCACUUGCAGCUUAAGCUAGCCGAACUAAAGCUAGCAGAAACAAAUAACCAGCAGCAACAGCAGCCGCAACAACAAGCUGUACUUCCUCAGGAAGCAAUUGCCCCGGGUCAGGAACAUCUUAGUGCGGAGCACGUGCUGCAGGACACGCCUCCAAACGGGCCGGACGUUCGUGGGGUGCCACCCCCAGUGGGAAGAGAUUCUUUGCAGGCGGCACCGCCCGAGAAAGUACAUCCGGUGACGCCUGCCAUUCCCGCUCUCGACAACCAGAGUACAACGGCUAGCGGACAAGGUAGCAAAGCGAAAGAGAAAACGACCGGCAUCGAACUACAGCAAGGCUUACAGGCAAUUUUCCAUCCGCAGACACAACCAAGCAGCCCGCCGAACGAGCCUGUAGCGCCGCUAGCUUUACCGCUCAAUCAAGUCAGCCAAAUCAAUCAGGCGGUCAAUCAGUUGGCUAGUUCCGGUGGCAACGCUGGCAGUAACAACAACCACAAUGCUAAUGGCAACGGUAUCGUUGCUGCGGGUAUUGGCAUGCCCUUGCCUCCAGCGCCGAUUGAGCCCGGGCCGCCGGCCGACAACGGCCUUCGACAGGCAUCCGAGGAGACUCUCGUGGCUGCUCCUGCCAUGGGCGUCUCUGUUGACACGCCCGCGACGGUGUCCGAGCUCAGCCCGGCCCAGGAGGAGUCGAAAAAGGUGUCGCGGUUUCAAGUAACGAAGGUCGCCGAGGAGCUGGGUUUAACAAACGUAGAACCCGCCCUCUCGACUAUUUCGCUGCUUUCGGAACCGCUUGGAACAGGCCAGCCACAGUGCCAUGGGCAGCAGCAGCAGCAACAGCAGCAGCAGCAGCAGCAACAAAGUGUCAUAAGUGUAGUCGGUGGGAUUGGAGGGGUGGCCACGGUGACUUCUGCUUCCCUCGACGGCCCGAGUAAGAUCAGUCGAUUUAUGGUAUCACGUGUCGAGGAUAAUCAGCUGAUCGAUUCGGCACUCGACAAGACAUCGGUGUACACGACCGAAAACUCGGUCAACUGCCAACAACAUUCACUCUAUUCGCUGGUAGACCACUGCGAGGCCUUGCCGUCAGCCGAGCAGAAUCCCGCUCUGAGUCCUGCUCAACGCUUGGCUUACCUUUUCAGCCGACAACGUCGCGAGCAGGAGACCCUUCAACAGCGACACAAACAGGAAUUGGCCGAACUGGUUGCCGCGCUCAAUCCCGACCUGGCCGCGCUAUCAGCACUUAGCGUAGCUGCAACGAAGGCGCUUGGCGGUCUGAAGCGCAGCUUGUCAACACCAAACCUCACAGUGCGUUCGCAGACCGAUCUGCUCGUAUAUGGUCAUGAGCAUUGCCAAGACCGAAACGGCCAUAACGGUCAUUUUGAUGUCACCCUGCAGACGGUCGAAGAUUCGUUGCAACGUAGGCAACUCGCCCAUACCAAUGACGAAUGACAUUGGGAAUUCGGCUGCGCUUGUAUAUAACUCACAAUCGCAACUGCCUCCGCGUCUACUGGUGAACAAAUACAAUAAUAACACAAUAAUUGUUAUUACUAUUAUAAUAACAAGCUUGAUUCCGAUGACAGUAAUUACAGUAACAUAGUUAUAUAACAUAUAUGGAAGAGCAUGCAAAAGUUCAUAUUGCCAGGAGCACCUUGACCCUGUUUUCCACCAUUAAGUAACGACUACAGGUAUAGCCCAGUCAUGCCUAGGCCAGAUGAAUCGAAAAGGCAAACGAACAAGUAAACAAAGACAAAAAGAUCAUGAGCAAAAAAAUCACAGAAGGAACUAUAACGUACCCACCCUGACCCUGUUCUUCACCAUCGAUAGAAAUGGACUACUGACGGAAUGCUUUUGAAGGCAGCAAGAAAAUCAGUUGCCGAACUUGAUGAUGACUGAUGGCCAUCGUAGCCGUCCUCGUGGUGUUUUGCAUGGACAAGCCACUUAACACAGCUACUUCUCACCAUAUAGAGCGGAUGGAACGGUUCGAAAUAUAAACUCUAAAUGAAAAGCCACAAAAUUCAAAGGAUAUAUGUCAUAAGGAAAAAUUAAUGAGAGGCGAUUUCAGUUUUCUACCACGAAAAGCCAGAGCCGGCGGCAAAAGUAGUAUCGAACACGAAGUCGAUACCGGACAGCGAGUACAUAUAUACACGAAUGCAUAGAGACAGAAAAGUACCAUAGCACGAACACAGCAGUUUAUUCAAAUACUAACGGCAUGGGAAACGGUGAAGUUAUAACAGAGCUACCAGCCCGUCUUCUGGCUAAAAGUUGAAGUUAACAGCCGUUGCAGAUUAAGGUGACAGCAGAUUCCGAUGAUGGGUUAAAAUUGCACGUUUCGUAACUUUAGAAACCCGCAUAGAAACAAACGGAUACGGCCGAGACGAAAGAUGGAACAGCCGAAAUGUAGCAGAAAAAUAGCCUGCAUACAAUUGUGGGUACCGGUCUAUUUCUAAUAUUCUUGCUACACGCUUAACACGUAAUAGCCGGAACGGAAAUGACCGUCCAGGACAGAAUCAAUAUGAGUGUGACUGUUCCAAUAUAUGCGACCGAAAAAGUUGUUAGUACGUCGGAGUAUGCUACAUCCAUAGUCAUGUUGGAAGCAAUCUAUUGAGAUUGUUCAGCUCUAUGAUUAUUUUGUACUGUUCAUCAGACUCGGAUGUACACAACUGGUAUGUAUCUGCUAUAGAACUGAUAUACACACACACACACACACACAACACAUAUAUACAUAGCUUCAGUAAGCCAAAUAUUUUCGCAGAUACAAACUUGAAUGUAGAAACGAAGUUUUUCAAAGAAUAACUCUGUAGCAGAGUCGAGGGGAGGAGGACAAGUAAUGAAGUGGUGAUAAACACGCCUGCACACAGCCGGAUGUGAUGUCGCCAACCAUAUAUAUAUAUAUAUAUAUAUAUAUAUAUAUAAUGACUAUGUGUAUUAUAAUAGCGUCCAUAUUGGGGGUUAGAGGCUGGGGGGAGGUCUUGAACGUGAGGUCCUUUGUUUUUGUACUAGCUUGACGUUUUGGUGUGAAGCACAUACGGGGAUAGUCAAGCGAGACGUUCGCGACACGGAUUGGCCUCGGUCAUUAACAACUAGGUCACGACUUAUAGUUUUGUAACUGAACGAGCAAAGCGAGAUCGUUUGCAGAUAAUGAAAUAUCACAAGAGAGCGAAAUCAGAUGCCUCGUUGAUGCCGAUAGCUCUAUUCAGCGAUGAAGUUCGUUAUCGGAUAAAUAUGAAACAAAAUGGAAAAUCGGAUCUUUUAUCUGCCAUGAAGCCAGUCACAGAAUGGUAAAUCAAUCAGCACUUGGCGCUCAGCGAAGUCAGAUUGUGAAAAGUAAAAAGCAAGUCGUGAAACGAAAACCGAAUGAGCUAGACCAGCAGAAUUUAGGGAAGAGAGAGAGAGCGAUCAAGGGAGUGAUGACAGACUGAGUCUAAGACUACUAUGACUGUCAGCUUAUAUAGUUCGCCAAUGCAUAUGCACAAAUCAUUAUAAAUCUGAUAUGGAAUAUGAACUAACGUAGAGAAAUAUUUAAUAACUCGAGUGAAGACACGAAAAAUGACUUAAUAGAACCCUUGAAGCAUACAGCUGGCAACAACGUUGAUGAUUUCCUUAUAAAUAACUCAGUAUGCUUUGACGCUUGUGGUUGUUCUGUGAAUGUAUGGUCAAUCUCACCCUGUUUUUGCGCGCACCUAUAAAAAAACUUACUCAGACUAACUGGAGCAUACAACAGUUAAACAUUGGGAGAGCGUUCUGUCUUCAUUCUUAAAACCCUUUUACCCGACCCCCCGCCCCCCCCCUGCUCUAUUCGACGUGGUCUUCUAGUGUGAUAGAUCGUUUCGUAUGAAGUUAGAUAGUGCAUCUACAUGAAUCAUUGCUAUUCUGAUUGUAGUAAAAUUAUAGCUUACAGAUGAGAUAAUCUGGGGCUGCCCGAUGACCCCAUGAACGACAAGUACGGACGAAUAUUUUCGGGAAAAAUCGAUAGAAAAUUUAGCUCGGUUAUUAUAGCGUGCGUUGGUAAUAACAAAGUCGUCUUUGUCGGUGCUGAUGAAGCAAUGAUACAUACAUCGGUUGUAUUAUUGAAGAAGAUGGUAUGACUGGUUAUAAUAACUUUUAUAUACAUACUGCUGCUCUGUCUAUAAAAAGCACGCUUGACUGAUAAUUGAUGAAAUAGUAUUGCUGACGAGAUGAAACGCGAAUACUUUUAAGAUAUACAGAAUUGAUUAAACAAAGACACACGGUCAAUAUUAAUUUCUCGUGUGACUUCAUGAAUAGAUGGUAUUCUGACGAUACCGCAAAAACCAAAACAGCGCAUCCUGGUGGAAGAAGGACUCACGAAUGCUUCUCGUAAAUUACUUUCUUAUUUCGGUAAACUUCAACGUAGACACCUCGAGCUUUUUGCCGUAUAUGCCCGAAUUAGGUAGUUGUUAUUACAACAAUCAAACGCCACGUGAUCCCAAGGUAUCGAAAUUUGAUUGAUUUUAACACAAUAACGAAAGACUCGUCGACGAAUAGCAAAAAUUCAAGUUGAGAUGCAUUUCUAUUGAGUUGAACAAAUCAUUCGGAUGUGCAUGUGACUAGGCCCAAUAUUAAUAUAAAAACUCUCAGCUGGACCUGCGACAGCUGAAGACAACUAUUAUAAAAUAAGAUCUAUGAAUCAGUCCGCUUAACAAUAGCUGUACGUGAAUUUAAGUAGGAUGAUAUACCUUUUACGUGUGUCAUAAAGAGAAAACUUGAAUCUUCAUGCAAAUGGCGUUUCAGCUAUUGAAAUGUAAUUCCUUCUUUGGAUUUUGGCUUGAGAUGUGUAAGAAGCGUUCGACAGUGCUUUUAAAUAAAUUGCUGUAAGGUCUGUGGACAGAUGAAAUUUCCCAUUUUAAGCUUUCUCCAUACAAAGCGCUGUCCUAAAAAAAAAAACAAAAAAAAACAAAAAAAUUAAAAAAAAAAAGAUUCCUACUGAUACUGCCCUAAUUAGUGCUAAAGUGUCUACAGUGUUUUGCUGUCAGAAAAUUUAGCAGCUAACUUCACUUGCCAUAAAAAGGUUAAAAUACGACACCGAGGAAUACACGCCAUUGUGAAGCAUAUGGUAAAUCAUACAAUUUUAGAAGUUUGCGCUAUUGAAACUAAAAGCGAUGGGUUACGCUAAGCAGACGAAUUUAAAUACUGAUCGUGUUUCUUUGAAGCAAGGUCUCUUAUUUUAUUUGUUACACUUAACGACCCUAUCCACUUGUGCUCACCACCAGGCCGGGCCCCAAAUCUAACCGAUUUGUAAACUUGUGAACCUUGGAAAAGUGAACACAGCGGGCAAGCGUUGUUAGCUAUGGGAAUCCCGUGAGGUGCUGAAGUAAACAUGGAGGCGGUCCUAUAACAACCGUAGGAUACUGUUUUCGGAGUACAAUUACACAAAUGUGAGCAGACCCUUUUCGUAAAAAUGCAGAUUAACCGACAACGGUUAAGGGCAAGGUGGAAAUACCUGGGAAGUAUAGAAGAAGCUGUGUCUACGUCUCAGUUCAGAUUCAGGCGGACACAUGAUGUGGUGUUCUAAGAUUAAUGUGAUUUGUGGUGGCAGAAAUGUCAAGACGACGGACGCCAACGAUGGCAGUGCAAGAGGCAAAUCCUAAUCUCGUGAGAUUUGGUUUAAUAUUUUUUCUCUCUUGCCUAGAAAAUGUGCAGUCUAAACAAGGGCUUAGUUAAUCUAUAAGCUAUAUAGUACAGCUGAGGGCAAGAGGUCGGUCAUGACAUAUACACAUAUAAAUCAGCCGGCCGCAAGUAAGUGAGAAAAUCGCAACUCAUAAUAGCAGAUACCAGCUAUAAAUAAAGAAGAAAUAAAUAUAUGUAGAAACGGGGCAAAGAAAAGAGCAAUGGGGUAGUAAUUCAAAUAGUAUCAGUAAUUAUUAUAAUUAUUGUAAUGCUAUCACAUACGCGUCGUACAUACAUAGAUGAAUACAAGGAUCCCGAAUCAAAUAAUAAGCUUUCCACAAGUAUAUACAACAGACAGAGUUGGGCGGACAGACAUACCGACAUUGAUAAUAAAAACGACAACUUUGUCUAGAUAGUUAUAUAUACAUAUAUAUAUAACGACAAUGAUAUAAAAUAUUAUAAUUAUUAAUAAUAAUACGAAGACGAGUAAUUAUGAGAAUAUGAUGGUAAUGAAGACACUUAUGAUAAUGAAAAGGAAAUACAGACUGUCAAUAACUGUACGAAGAAAUUUAAGAAAAAAAAAACUAGGUGAACGUCUUGAUAUGAAGAAUGAAAAAGAUAAAAACAAAUACACCAAACAGAUCGACGAUAAAAAAAAAAUAAAAAUAAAACAAUUUUGUCAGUCGACAACUACAUACAUAGAGCGAAUAUGCGUUUUUAUUA